AUGAAACUUUUCAGUAAUAAAAGUUGCCCGUACUGCCAGCGGGCAAUGAUCAUGGUAAAAGAAAAGGGGGUAGCGUUGCAGGUGGAGGAGAUUCCGCUCGGUGAUGCGAUGCCACAGUGGUACAAGGAGGUAAAUCCACGUGAAACAGUGCCAACGCUACAGGUGGGUGAGAAGAAGUACGUUUUCGAGUCAGACCUCAUCGCCAGGUAUCUUGACAGUGUAAGUUCUCCCACAAACAGCCUUGUUGGAUCUACACCCUACAACCGCCACCGUAUUGAGUUCUUCCUGAGCCAGGUGAGUGACCUCAUCCAGGCGUACUUUGCCCUGGUUCGUGACCCCUUCAACGCGGAGAAGCGAAAGGCGGUGGAUGACAACAGCGAGUUCAUUGAGGGUAUCAUCGCGGAGCAUCAGGGGAGCGGCCCGUACUUCCUUGAUGACACAUUCUCCCUGGCGGAUAUCAUGGUUCUCCCUUUCCUCAUCCGCUUCCGUGCGGUUCUGGGAUACUACGCCGCCUACGACAUCUUCAAAAAGGCUCCUCGCUUGAAGAAAAUGUACCUUGCUGCGAUGGAGCGGCCUUCUGUGAAGGAAUCGACAUUGAAGCCUGAAGAGUACAUUGGAUUUUUUAAAAAGUAUGUGCCAGUAUCUCACGUUACGCAUUCCAUGGCCCCAUCCAAUGUGCUCUUUGUAAGCAUGCUGUGCCCCUUCGCAGAUCGUGCCCGAUUGUCGUGUGCGAUCAAGAAGGUCGAUAUUCCGCUUGUGGAGCUCGAUCUGCGACAAAUGCCAGUUUGGUACCCAUGGGUCAACUACCUCGAGACUGUUCCCACCCUGCUCACAUCGAAGGGCACCUAUGUCUACGAAUCCCAGCCCAUUGUCCAUUAUAUCGACGACGAAUUCUCGCAGCACGGCCCCGCACUUCUUCCUAAGGAUGCGGAUGAGUUGUACUUCGUGAGGUUUGUGGAGUCAAACGCUGGUCACUUCGUUGGAGCCAUGUUUGGUAUCAUGCGUAACCCACAAAACAAAGAGACCAAAGAAGAACUUGAAUGGGCGGCUGGUGAACUAGAGAAACAGCUGGCGGAGCACCGGUUUGGUGCAGGACCGUUCUUUGGUGGUGCCACCAUGAACGCUGCUGAUGUUUGUCUUCUCCCCAUGCUGGUGCGCCUUAAGGCGUGCACGCCGGGGCUAACUGAUGGCUACAAUUUGUUCGCCAAGUUCAAGUUGUUGGAGGCACUCCUGGAGGCAGGCAUGGCGACGGAGGCUGGAAAGAAGGUUUUCCAGCCGUUGACGAACUACCUGCAGGCUUACACGGCGAAGUUCCGUUCCUCUUCGUAA